AUGAGGUACUUUUCACUGCUCGCGUUUGUGGCUACAGUCCUAGCUCAUGGAGACCAUGAUCAAGAGCCCAUUGAGGGCCCACACAAGCAUCUGUGGUAUAACACCCUGCCUGGUGAUGGUGGGAAGCAGGCAGACUCCAUCUUCUCUGGGAUUUCCACCUUCGGCCGCCUCGAUUACUUCCCGUGCCUUGCCAGUGAUGAGAAGAAAUACGACAUUGCCUUCAUUGGCGCUCCUUUCGACACCGGGACCUCCUACCGCCCAGGAGCACGCUUUGGCCCCAGUGGCAUUAGGCAAGGUUCUCGCCGCCUCAAUCUCUAUGGUGGAUACAAUGUCCCACUCGAGGCGAAUCCGUUCAAUUCGUGGGCAACUGUGAUUGACUGUGGUGAUAUUCCUGUGACUUCAUACGACAAUGCCUGGGCUCUCCAGCAGAUUGAAGAAGGCCAUAACAGCAUUCUGUCUCGUGCACCGAAGACCGAUGCCCAUGCAAAGGGCCCCUCAAAGAAGGGCAAGACACUUCCCCGUGUCAUUACUCUCGGUGGUGACCACACCAUCACCUUGCCCCUGCUACGAUCCAUCAACCGCGAGUAUGGACCAGUCAGUGUGAUCCACUUCGAUAGCCACCUCGACACCUGGAAGCCAGCCGUGUUCGGCGGCGCACCUAGCAAGCAAGCCUCCAUCAACCACGGCACAUACUUCUACCACGCCUCCCAGGAAGGUCUGCUCGCCAACGACACCAACAUCCACGCCGGCAUCCGCACCACACUCUCCGGGCCCUCCGACUACGAGAACGACGGCUACUGCGGCUUCGAGAUUGUCGAGGCCCGCGAGAUCGACUCCAUUGGCACCGCCGGCAUCCUCAAGAAGAUCAGAGACCGCGUCGGAACCACGAAGCCCGUGUAUUUGAGCAUUGACAUCGACACCCUCGAUCCAGCCUUUGCUCCUGCGACCGGUACCCCGGAGACGGGAGGAUGGUCUACACGUGAGCUCCGCACUAUUAUGCGUGGUCUUGAGGGCAUCAAUCUGAUUGCAGCUGAUAUCGUUGAGGUUGCACCCGCGUACGACACUAAUGCUGAGCUCACCACCAUGGCGGCUGCUGACACCUUGUAUGAGGUCAUGACCCUCAUGGUUAAGAAGGGGCCCCUGAGCAAGACCGUCGGAGAUAAGGAGGAGGAAGAGCUAUAA